UAUAUAACCUUAGCUUCCGUGCAGUCCCAUUAUUUCGACUUUGACUGCUCUCUUUCUCUCUCUCUCUGCAACUGUGAAAGUUAAGCGUUUCUUCAGUAUAUGCUGGUGGUGUUCGAUCUAGAUAUUUGGUUCUAUACAAUAGGGUGACUUGAAGAUUUCUUCUUUGAUUGAAUCCGGUUCUGUUUUCACUCAGGGUCCUUGAAGUUGUCUUGGUGCAAGAAACAGCAGUGGCGAUCGUUCGGCGAAAAGGAACAGUAUGCGGUGGUUUUUGAGUCUUUCUGUUGAUGUGCAUAGGAAAGUUAUCUCCUUGAACCUCUAUUGCAGAGUAAUCCUGUAAUUUCGUUUUCCAAUAACGUACCCUCCAAUUCUGCAGCUUUGUCAUUCAGUCUAGUUUCCAUGGGAUCCACUUUUUUCAUCGUUAUUCCCUGCUAUGUCCUCCAGAUUAGCUGAAUAAGGGAAUCCAUCUUGUUAUCUGUCAAAUCGUCCUCAUUCUCUUGCUUGGGGUUAAAUCAGAGUGAUUAUUGUAUUUUGUUGGUCUCUUCUUUCCGGUUUUUUGCUUUCGCAUUGUUGUUUAUCAGUCUGGUGUUCUUUGGUUCGAUUAAUAUUUCCUUGACUACUUAGCUGCAAGCACUCAGUUAGUUAUCCCCAGGAAGAUCGUGUUCUUGUUGUUUUUAUUAUAUCGAAGGGUUGGGAAGUAGUUAUGGUGUGCCAAGCAGCGAGUCAAACAAAUUUUCGGGCAUUGAAACACGAAAAUGGGAUUGCUGGGAGUGCUACCAUUAUAGUUAGAGUCAUAGCAUGCUUUCAUCCUCUUCAAGAUUGCCAGGCUGAAUAUUUCCGUCAUUUGCUUAAACCUGUCACGUAGAUUUACUUGUUGCGCCACUGUUUUCAAGUUAAGCUGGAGCCUUUUGUUUUUAUAUUAUUACUGAAAGAGAAAUAGGGAGUAAGCAGCCAGUUUUACUACUGCAGAAAUCUUUCUGGUGAUUGUUUUAGUUGGAUGGGCGAGGACUGGGGAUCCUGGUUUCCUCAGCAACAAUUUAAUUGGAAGCCCCCCAAUUUGAAUCAUUUGGGUUCUCCAUAUAAUUUUGAGCAUCAGAAUACAACCCCUUCAUUUAUGAACGCUGGUACUGAAAUGGUUUCUAUCAAGGGGACUUUACCUGUAUAUCCAUCCCCAGAGGUACCUCACCCGCAUAUUGGUCAAGCAAAUGAGCCUCAUGGCUGGUUUUACUGCUUGCCUCGUUUCCGACAGGCAUUCAAACCUGCUUUAAAUUCUGGUCUCAAAGAGAUAUCUGCUACUGCCCUUCGUGGCAGUCUUAACAAGGACCUUACACCCAAGGAAGAAUCAGUGUGUCCUCAGAAGAGAUUCCUUGUAUUUGAUCAGUCAGGUGAUCAAACAACUCUAAUGUUUAGUUCUGGAAUUGGGACUAAUAUCCAGUGCUUUUCCUCUUGGGGUCCAGAUCCAACUGCCACAUAUAAUUUCAAGAGGAAAGAUCUUGGGGUUAAAGAAAAUCUGAAUGUUGAUUUGGGGGCUCUUGCAGCUGACCAAUUUGGAGAAGAUUAUGCUACUGAACUGCAAAGUGAGAUGCACGAGGACACUGAAGAACUGAAUGCCUUGCUGUACUCAGAUGAUGAAAGUGAUUCCUCUGAGGAUGAUGAAGUUACUAGUACAGGUCAUUCACCUAGUACAAUGACAUCUUACAAUAAUGAAGAUUGGUUUGUUGGAAACUUGGAAGAUGUUGCAAGUAGUGAUGGUUCAACUAAAAGGCGAAAACUGUUUGGAGGAUACAGUCAUUCACCUGCGCUAAUGGACACUGCUAGUUCUAUGAAACCCAUCAGAAGCUUUCCAUGUGACAAUGAUGCUGAAUCUAGGUGUGAAGAUGGCUUGAAUGAGGCCUCAGGUGAGAUGGGUUCAGAACCGGCCAUCAAGAGGAUAAGAAAAGAAAAAAUACGAGAGACUGUGAACAUUCUGCAGAAUAUAAUUCCCGGUGGAAAGGGCAAGGAUGCGAUUGUGGUCCUUGAUGAAGCUAUUAAUUACUUGAAAUCCUUGAAGGUCAAAGCAAAAGCUUUAGGACUUGAUGCUCCAUGAGAAGCAAAACUUCAUCAAGUAAUAUUAGUAGUGUCACUAGGUUUUAUCAGUUUAGUUGUUAAUUAGAUGAUGUGUGUGCAGAAUAAGGCAGGUAAACAUGAACUGGGCAUGAUCAUAGGAUUUGCUCAAGACAGAAGAGUUUGUUGCUGUUGAUAUGCAAAUUGGAAGAGAGAUCAUGGAACCUCUACUGUAGUCUGUAAUCAAUGAUUGAUUUCGAAAUCAGCAAAAGCUUUGGUUGUCAAUAUCUUCUAUAGUUCCAGUAAAGAGGAAGGCAAGUGCAGCAUAGUAUGUCCCAAUAAAGGAAGAUAUUGAAUGAUUAAGCAUGUCUUAGGGCUUAGAUAAAGUAGCACUCACACCUGGGCGUGGGAGAAUGGCUGUGUGAAUGAGAAGACUAGUUAUUCUAGAGGGACCCUCUUGGAAGGAGGAUGAACGCAUGCUGCUUGGGACCCAACUUUCACUUUCCCCACCCGUUUUUUGUGUUUUUGACAUGUUUUUUUCACCGUUUCCUCUUUGGUGGGGUUACCACUUUCUUGAUGUGUGACAUUGCACGAGCAAAAGGGUCUACAUAUUUAAUCUUGUCAAACCCCUGGGGCCCCUGAUUUGCCAUUCCAUGCUUCUUCUCAGCACUGGGCUGGCUCAUCACAGCCGGUGGACGAGCUUUGUUUUUUUACUGGGUAUUGUAAUUUGAUUAUUGAAGAACAUCUAGGUUUAUCUACUUGUUUCUAUAUGGUGACCCUGGAUUUGCUGAUUUGGAUGGUUGGAUUUAAUUUAAACUGUGCUUGGUUUUA